UCAUCUUUCUUUUAUUAUUUUGCAGGUUCAGAGGACUGUGAGGUUCUUCAGUAAGCUUAGAGGACUCUAAGUUCUUUAGUAAGUUUAGAGGACUGUAAGGUUCUUCGUCACAUCUUCUCCUUCAGCUUCAGCAAUGACUAUCAAAGACUUCGAUGGCAUCCUCGUCCACAUCGGUGGAUUUGGCCGCUAUCAGAUGGUACUGUUCCUGGUCAACUGUCUGGUAAACACCUUCUUCGCCUUCGUCUACUACGGCCAGAUGUUCAUGACUCUGACGCCACCCCACUGGUGCACUCCACCACCUCACCUUCAGAAGCUCAACCUGACGGAGGAAGAACUCAAGGAGCUCACCAUCCCAAGGGACGCCUCCACUGGCGAAUUUCUACACUGUACGAUGUAUAACGUUGACUUUAACGAGGUGGUGAGGACUAACACCAGCUGGCCCAACGUGUCCUGGCCCACCACCAGCUGCAUACAUGGCUGGAACUAUAACUAUUCUCUCUACUAUCCUACUAUCACCUCUCAGCUGGACUGGGUGUGUGACAAUGACUGGCGACCAGCGUUGUCACAGUCGCUGUUCUUCGUGGGAUCUCUGGUAGCGUCGCCGGUGCUGGGAUGGGCAGCAGACAAGUGGGGUCGUCUGCCGGUCAUUGUCCUCACUAACAUGAUAGGCUGUGUGGCAGGAAUAGCCUCGGCCUUCUGCACCUCAUUCGCCUCCUUCACCGCCUUCAGGUUCAUCGUUGGCAUGACUUAUGAUACUCACUAUAUGGCUACGUAUAUCCUUCUGUUGGAGUACGUAUCCAGUCAGUACCGUACCAUCAUGGCUAAUGUGCCUAUCAUGCUCUUCCUGACAACUGCCAUGUGUGCCAUGCCUUGGAUGGCCAUGGGCAUCGCUAACUGGUCCACCUUCGCUGUGGUCAUCCACGCACCUCAGGCCAUCUCAUUCUUAUUCUUGUGGUUGAUACCAGAGUCAGCCCGCUGGUUGUUGGGUCAAGGCAGAGUGAAGGACACGAUCAAAAUUCUGAAGAAGGCUGCUAAGGUCAACCGAAAGCCUCUCACUCCAGAGGUCAUCCAGGAGUUUGAGGCCUACGGAACGAAGCAAGCAAGGACAGACCACCACAAGACUGCCUCUGUGUUAGACCUACUCAGGAGGCCUAGGCUGAGACUACGCUUCGUAGUACUCUGUAUUAUGUGGAUGGUGAUCACCGUAGCUUACGACGGACACAUGCGGAACACGGAGCACAUCGGCAGUAACGUGUUCACUACCUUCUGUAUCGCCGGCUUCGUGGAGUUGCCGGCAGACUUCCUGACCAUGGUAGCUGUGGAGAAGGUCGGCAGGAGACACACCACGGUGUUUACUCUUGUUGUUAGUGGUCUGGUCAGCUUUGUGGUGGCGGCUUUACCUCCAGGGCACACCAUGACUAUCAUGUGGAUGGCAGUGAUGGGCAGGUUCAUGAUCACCAUGGCCAUCAACGUGGGCAUGCAGUACCCCGUGGAGGUGCUGCCCACGGUGGCCCGGGGGUCGUGCUCCGGGGCCAUCCACACACUGGGCCACGUCUCUGUGUUCGCCUCGCCCUAUAUAGUGUACCUGACCAAGUACGGCCACUAUCUUCCGUACGUGAUCCUGGGUGCGUUGACUGUGGGGGGAGGCCUGGUGUGUCUGGUGCUGCCUGAGACGCUGAAUCAGAACCUGCCAGACACCUUGGAAGACGGUGAGAAGUUCUUCUCCGACCAAAGCUUCUUCUACAACCCCUGCACCAGGAGGAGGUCGAAGGGCACUUUGAGGGAAGAAGAUGACAGUUCCAAAGAAGAUGACAGUCCGAAGGAAGACGAGACUGUAAGAGACGCUGAAGACGGUGAUCCCAGAACAAACGAGAUGUUAUGUUUUACGAAGGCUCCUAAAGAACAAAAUAUUUCACCAUGUCAAGAAAGAUGUCAUACACCAGUGAAUGACGAUAAUUCCCAGGCUCUGACAUCUGAAGACGCCAGACAAACAUAAAUUUGUAUAGACAGUCUACAAGCGUCUAAGGACGCUUCACAUGCACUAAUACUUGAGGCCAGUCCACAAGCACUGACGUCUAAGAACGCUACACCAGCACUAAUGCGUCUCUCUCGCAUUUAAUGGACAGAGGAUCGAGCCUUCACUUAAAUCAUUCCUCUGACAUGCGAAAAGAGCGAACAAAUUUAUGCCUUAAAUAGGCUAAAUUUCAUUCCACUUUUUAUAUGCAUUUAUUCCUUUUUGCGAUGAAUUUACCAGGUAUAUACAUCGAGGAAUGUAUAUACCUUAGUGUAUAUACUGAGGUAUAUACAUCGUUAUUUAUAGGGAACAAAGUAUUCUUGUCAUUUGAGUACAGGUGAUAAGUGGCUUUAAUAACCCUUGUGUAGAAGGUAGACCUUAAUAACCCUCGUGUAGAAGGUAGACCUUAAUAACCCUCAUAUAGAAGGUAGACCUUAAUAACAUUAGUGUAGAAGGUAGACCUUAAUAACCCUUGUGUAGAAGGUAGAAAUUAAUAACCCUCAUAUAGAAGGUAGACCUUAAUAACAUUAGUGUAGAAGGUAGACCUUAAUAACCCUUGUGUAGAAGGUAGACCUUAAUAACCCUCGUGUAGAAGGUAGACCUUAAUAACCCUCAUGUUGAAGGUAGACCUUAAUAACCCUCAUGUAGAAGGUAGACCAUAAUAACCCUCAUGUUGAAGGUAUACCUUAAUAACCCCCAUGUAGAAGGUAGACCUUAAUAACCCUAGUGUAGAAGGUAGACCUUAAUAACCCUAGUGUAGAAGGUAGACCUUAAUAACCCUAGUGUAGAAGGUAGACCUUAAUAACCCUAGUGUAGGAGGUAGACCUUAAUAACCCUAGUGUAGAAGGUAGACAUUAAUAUUACCCUAGUGUAGAAGGAAGACCUUAAUAACCCUAGUGUAGAAGGAAGACCUUAAUAACCCUAGUGUAGGAGGUAGACCUUAAUAACCCUAGUGUAGAAGGAAGACCUUAAUAACCCUAGUGUAGGAGGUAGACCUUAAUAACCCUAGUAUAGAAGGAAGACCUUAAUAACCCUAGUGUAGAAGGUAGACCUUAAUAACCCUAGUGUAGAAGGUAGACCUUAAUAACCCUCAUGUAGAAGGUAGACCUUAAUAACCCUAGUGUAGAAGGUAGACCUUAAUAACCCUUAUGUAGAAGGUAGACCUUAAUAACCCUCAUGUUGAAGGUAGACCAUAAUAACCCUCAUGUAGAAGGUAGACCUUAAUAACCCUCAUGUUGAAGGUAGACCAUAAUAACCCUCAUGUUGAAGGUAGACCUUAAUAACCCUCAUGCAGAAGGUAGACCUCAAUAACCCUCAUGUAGAAGGUAGACCUUAAUAACCCUCAUGUAGAAGGUAGACCUUAAUAACCCUUAUGUAGAAGGUAGACCUUAAUAACCCUCAUGUAGAAGGUAGACCUCAAUAACCCUCAUGUAGAAGGUAGACCUUAAUAACCCUCAUGUAGAAGGUAGACCUCAAUAACCCUCAUGUAGAAGGUAGACCUUAAUAACCCUUAUGUAGAAGGUAGACCUUAA